AUGUUGAAGGCAUAUGAUAAAGUGGAAUGGCCUUUUCCGACGAGUGUUUUACAACAGAUGGGAUUCCCCUUGGAUUGGGUGAACUUGAUCAUGGAUUAUGUCUCAACAGUUAAUUUUUUUAAUUAUGCUGAAUGGUACCCCCAGGAGUCGUUUGUUCCACAAAGAGGUUUUAGGCAGGGAGAUCCCCUCUCUCGUUAUCUUUUUAUCUUAUGUGGGGAGGUUUUUUCAGCAUUGAUCAACAAGGCUAUAUUAGCAUCCUCUUUGCAUGGUAUAAAAGGUACCAAGAAUGCUCCUAUGAUCUCACAUUUGUUGUUUUCAAAGAAUAGUGUUAUCUUUUCCCAGACAACGGUGCAAGAAGCAAUGUCUAUUAAGACAAUCCUUGCCACCUAUGAACAAGCUUCGGAUCAAGUCAUCAACCUUAACAAGUCUAUGCUCUCCUGUAACCGAAAUGUUCCUGAUAGUUGCUUCCAUGAGCUUAAACAACUGUUGAAUGUAAAGGCGGUGGAAUGUUAUGACAAAUAUCUGGGUCUUCCAACCAUUAUUGGUAAGUCCAAAAUUCAGAUUUUUAACUUUGUCAAGGACAGGGUUUGGAAGAAGCUUAAAGGUUGGAAGGAGAAGUUUCUCUCUCGGGAUGGGAGAGAGACCCUAGUUAAGGCGGUCGCCCAAGCUAUCUCUUCCUACGUUAUGUCUUGCUUCCUAUUGUCGAAUGGUAUUUGUUCACAUAUUGAAGGAAUGAUUAGACGCUUCUAUUGGGGAGGUGAUGUUACCAAGCGAGGAAUGCAUUGGCUAAGUUGGAUUCCGAUAUUUUAA